AUGUCCGCCCUCCCCGCUCGUCUGACUUACAUUCUGAUCGGUCUCCUUGUGAGCGGCGUGCUCUUGUACGCCUCAUUUCGCGCGCCAACUCCUCAAGAACAAGAUGUGUUGGAUUUCACGGACAGUUUUGCCCCCGGUCAGCAUCGCUCGCAGGCCGGACCCGCCGCGACCGCAGCCGCAGAACUCGACGACGAGUCAAUAGCCCGAGUGCAGAAUGAAACCUUGGGCUUUCAAGAAAUUUACAUGAUCUCUCUGCCUCUCCGCACAGAUAAACGAGAUUCGUUCGCUUUGCAGGCCGCCGUUUCAGGAAUGACCUACACACAGAUGGACGGAGUGGACGGCCAUUCGGUUCCGGAGAAGGCUCUGCCCUACACUAUGAACCAGAGCCCCAAUGCUGUCGGUUGUUGGCGUGCUCACCUCGACGUGAUCCAGAAAAUUGUGCGUGAAAAGGUCUCAACAGCUCUGAUAUUCGAAGAUGACGCCGAUUGGGAUGUUUCAUUCAAGACACAGUUGGUGCAGUUCGCAAGAGGGUCGAGAUACAUUCUGAAGACUCCGGCGCACGAUUCGCCCUUCUCUCCGUACGGCGAUGGCUGGGAUAUGCUGUGGAUCGGUCAUUGUGGUACCUGGGUGCACCCCGACGACAAUGGCCGAUUCUUCGUGAUACCUGACGAUCCCACCGUCGAACCACCCCAACUCCGCCGCAAUGUCGAUACACCCGACAUGUCCCGUUGGGAACGCGGUCCAAACGGGGACAAUCAGACUCGAAUCGUGUUCAGCGCCGAAGGGGGAGUGUGUACUGCUGCCUACGCCAUCUCGCAACAGGGCGCUCGCAAGGCACUCUACCAUAUGAGCAUGGAACCCUAUGACAGUCCGAUCGACUGGGGGUUUGCCAAUCUCUGCAAAGACAAGGCCUACAACUUCAACUGUGUGUCGGUCUUUCCCCAGCUCGUGGGCGUAUCUCGGCCUACGGCGAAUACCAGUAAAUGGAGCGAUAUCGGGUACGGUGACGAUGCCAACCGAGGUGUGGAAUCUGCCAAUGCCCAACAUCUGGUGUAUUCGACCCGGCUCAACAUGGCCAAUCUCCUUGCCGGCAAGACAGUGUUUGACAGUCAAUACCCCGACUCGACUCCUCCACAACUGGAUAUCAAAGACAUUGGCAGAGCUGUUGGCCAUAUCGAGGUCCUGGAUCCUUAG